GACGGUGGGGAGGCCCAGACCCCGGGGUCACUGGAUGCCCCAGCCCCUCCAGCCCCCCACCGCCCCGGCUAUGCAGCGUCCUGGUUCAUCAUGGUCUUCAGGGUGCUGCGCUAUUAUUGGAUCAUUGGCCUGCUUUUGGAGGCUGUGGGAGCAAGUCCUCCUCCGCUCUGCCGAUGCCUCCCUCAGCCCAGCGUGACGUUCCAGGAGGAUGUUUCAAUCUCUCCGUGCUGCAGGUGUCUCUCUGAGCAGUUCUCCCAUUAUUCACCAGGCAGGUCCUUUUCAUGCUCACUGCCAAAACUUAGAAGAAAAUUUGUGACGCUAUAUGAAACCUUAAUUAAUAAGUCAUUAAAGGAACGUUUCUUCCCUUCAUUGAUGGAGAAGUUGGUCUUCUUUAACUUUUGGAAGGCCCCCUUUCUGGCGAAUCUGAAGAACCCCGAAUCGCGGAUUCCGCACACAGUGAACUUCUACGUCAGGCCUGAGCCUGGGGUGACCUUGGGAGUAUGGCACACCGUCCCUGAAAGCAGGGGAGAAGAAGCUAAAGGGAAGGACCGCAGAUGGUAUGAAGCAGCCCUCCGUGACGGCAACCCGAUUAUAGUUUAUCUCCACGGCAGUGCAGAAAACAGAGCAUCCAAUCACAGAGUCAAGCUGAUGAAGGCCCUGAGUGAAGGUGGCUUCCAUGUACUGGCUGUGGACUACAGAGGCUUCGGGGACUCGACCGGCAGUCCGACGGAGGAGGGGCUGACCACGGAUGCCGUGUACCUCUAUGACUGGGUCAAAGCCCGCAGCGGGACCACUCCCGUGUGCCUUUGGGGCCACUCUUUGGGCACGGGAGUGGCCACAAAUGCCGCCAAAAGACUGGAAGAAAAUGGUCGCCCCGUUGAUGCCAUCGUCCUGGAAGCUCCAUUUACCAACAUGCAGGACGCGGGCGCCAAUUACCCCAUGUUGAAGAUAUACCGCAAUCUGCCAGGGUUUCUACACUUGUUCUUGGAUGCCCUGACCGUGGAUAAAAUCGUCUUCCCCAAUGACGAGAACGUUAAAGUUCUGUCUUCUCCCCUUCUGAUCUUACAUGGAGAGGAUGACAAGACCGUGCCGCUGGAACAAGGGAAAAGGCUCUAUGACAUUGCCCACGAUGCCUACAGAAACAAAGAGCGGGUCAAGAUCGUUAUUUUCCCCCCGGGCUACCAGCACAACUUUCUGUAUAAAAAUCCCAGGCUGCCGUGGAUUGUGAGGGAUUUUUUGAGUAAGCAGUGGAAGUAAGCAGGUGCAGUAGCUGAGUUGGCACAGAUGGGCCCAAGGUGACUCCAGACAGUUGUAUGUUUCCUCAUAUUGACUGCCCCACUCGGUAAAUCAUGGCUAAAACUAACCCACUGCUUUCGAUAACUUCAGGAGUGCUUUUGUCUGCUCCUCCGUAACUGCUCAAAAUGGUUGAUUUGAAAUGAAUCAUAGCAAAUUUGUUACUCCUGUUCAAUUUCCAAUCAGCGUUCAUAAAGCUUUUCGAAUUCUU